CGUGUUUCUAGAUGUUUUCAGACACGAGAGAUUCUUCAAAUCUGCUUUUCUUCUCGGAAUCAAAUAUAGUUGUUUGACGAAUUCUAGGGUUUCUUUAUGGUCUGAAUUUGAUAAAUCGCAGGCUACAAUAGGAGUAGACUUUAUGUCCAAAAGAGAGCGUUAUGAAGACUGGAAUUUUCGUCUACUCAUGUGGGAUAUAUCUGGACAAGAGAGAUUUCAAAGCUUGGUACCCAAUUUGAUCAGAGUUUCUCCUGUUGCACUUAUUGUCUAUGAUGUAUCCGAUAAGCAAACAUUUUCAAACACAUCUAAGUCGGUUGCACAAGUUCGUGCAGAAAGAGGAAGCAAUGUCGUUAUUGUUCUUGUUGGUAACAAGACCGAUCUUGUUGACAAAAAGGCAAGUUACAACAGAGGAAGGGGAUAAUAAAGCUUGUGAGUUUGGUGCUUUGUUCAUGGAGACUAGUGCCAAAGAUAGGUUCAACAUUCAGCCUUUGUUCUCUAAGAUUGGAUCGGCUUUACAUAGAAACGAGGAGAGCUGCGCAAAAUCAUCUCAGGCAGAGCAUCAACUAGAGAGCUCAACAAAAUCUUAAGGCAAAUUGUUGUUAAAUGACUCAGCAGCUUAAGCAAAAUAAAAAUAUCGGACUGAUAUUAUUAAUUGUUACAAUGAAGACUUUUUAUUGGGUGGGAUUAGACUAAAAAUAUAUCUGUAAACAUUGGUUUAUUCUUCUAAUCUCUGUAAUUUCUGCUA